AAAGCCUCUUCGUGUUCUCAUGAAAGAAAAGAAAAAAAGAAUAAGCAACCACUAUUCGUCGAUCGCCGAUUCCAUGGCAAUCGAGAUCAGGAAGGAGGAAAUGAAAGAAGAUGGGGAUAGUACUUCCCUGUAUCAAUCAUCUCUUUCAUCUAAAUCACAUUCUUUUAGGUCUCAAUCAUCUCGUUCAUCUAGACCCAAUUCAAAUUCUCCGUCGCCAAACAAGUUAUCUCCUACUCCAUCCCUAUCUUCUCCUAAAAAUCUAUCUCCUUCGCCUUCCUCAUCGGGAAUUGAAGCCAAGAAUGCAGAAGAUUUGGUGAGAAAGAAGUUUUAUCACAAACAUUCACCACCACCACCAUAG